AUGACCUACCGAGGCACGCUGCCACCCGGCCAGGCGGCCUUUCAGGGCCAGCAGGAUCAGUUGUAUGGGGCCCAGCAGGCCGGCUAUCACCAUCAGCAGCCGCAGCAACAUCACGCUCAACAACAGCAGGGUCCGGCGCACCACCACCAGCAACCGCAGCUAUUGCCGCCGCUGCAGGCUCUGUACGAUCACGGCGGCGGCGGCGGCGGGCACGAGCAGUUUUUCGGGCGGCAGCCGGCUCAGCAGCAGCAGCAGCACGGGCAGUUUAUCCAUCCGAGCCAAUACCACCACAUGUCGCAACUCGACGAUCAACAGCAACGCCAACAGCAGCAUCAACAACAACAUCAUAUGGCGCACUAUGGCAUGGCUAUGGAUGGCUUCUCCAACUUCGAUCCUGGCGCCAGGUUUGCGCCCGCCCAGCACUCGCCGCAGCCACAGCAACGGCACUACAGCACAGCGAUGCAGUCCCCGAUGAUGCCUUUUCACCAGCAGAAUCAACCAGUUACUAGUCCCUACAACAUGCCUGCCGCCGCCGCCAUGUCCCCGCCAGCUGUUCAGCGGCCACCUCCGAUGCGGCCCACGCAGCUACUUCAGCAGCAGCAGCAGCAGCAGCAGCAGCAACAGCAACAGCGGAUGUAUCAGAGCCCCAUAUCCUCCCCCCAACAACAAUCUCAGCCUCAACCACCUCGUCCUCUGCCUCAGUCGCAACCACCACAGCAGCAGCAGCAGCAGCAACCGAGUCCGCAACCCCCGCAUCGGCCCCUGGUACAGCAGCAACAGCAGCCUGUCCCGCAGCCACCGCGGCCACCGUCACCGCAGCUUCCGACGACCCAAGAACCUCCACCCCCGGCGCAGCAAGAGAUCCACUUCGUCAACCCGCAAGACAUCCUUCAGGCGCCACCACCACCUCCACCCAUCGCCAUGGGAGCUAUGCACAGCUCACGGGCCCGACCGCCAGACCCGGCACCGCCAGAAAACGCUGCCCACGCGAGAUCGCAAUCGAUGAGCAUUCCCGUCAAAUCCUCUCCCACACAAGCACAUCAUCCUUCCAUCAACCAUGGCUUCAAACGAACUGAGUCGAAGCCUGAGCCGCCAAGAAUCAAGUCCAGCCCGCAUUCUUCCGUGACAAACUCUCCAGCCCUCUCGGCGCGUUCUCCAAGCAUCACGAAAAAAUCGCCCGCCAUCCCAACCAAGCCGCGACCAAUCAAUACGGGACCCAUCAUGGUGGCGAUUGCAGAGGAAUGCCUCGAAAAGGCGCGCUCCGCCGUACACGACGUGGCCAUGUCGCUCCAUCCUGAGCGGGUCGACGAGUACCAAAAGCUCAUAGCCACCAGCUUGUCCUGCUUGGAGGCGACCCUGCAGAACUGUCGGCUGUCGCCAAGAGAAGAGGCGCGUGUACGCCUAAGGUACGCCGCCACUCUGCAAGAAGAGACGGAGAACCUCAUGGAGGCAGAGAUGGCUUUGGGCAAGGGCAUCACGCUCUGCGAUAAGCAUCGAUUGGUCGAUCUAAAGUACUGCAUGCAGUAUUUGAUGCUCAAGGUUCUCUUUCAGCGAAGCCACAAAGCCGCUCUCAAGGCUGUUGACGGACACAUUUCCGACUGCGAAACUUUCAAGCACGUCCAGUGGUACUACGCGUUUCGGCUACUCAAGUCUGCUUUCUACAUGGAAAUGGGAACCGCCUCUGAUGUCGGCGCACUAGAGAACAUCAGGUCCGUCCAGCACAUCGCCAACACGAGAGGCGACAACGCGCUCAGCGUCCUGGCCUCGGUUUUGGAGGGACUCAGUCUCCUCAAGGCGUCCAAGGACGGCAGCAUCGAGAGGGUGCAGGCCUGCAUUGCCCAGGCGGCCAAGUUUCAGUUCGAUCCGACGGUCAAGAUCAUGCAGCUCGACGUGCUGGCUCUCCUGCUCGACUUUGCCUCGAGUCUGCACCACCAGAGCCCGGACAGUACGUCGCAGAAACUGCGUCUACUGCAGAUGAGGCUGGACGAAUGCGACGAGUGGCACAACGUUAGGGCCGAGUUCCUCGUCCCGAUCAAGAAGCAGCCCUCGAACGCGAGGACGGUCAGCGAGGACACGGCCACGAUUGUGAGAGCGGGCGAGGCGGACUCGGCUUUUGACUACCUGGUCAUGUCCUUUAUGACCAAGAUUGAGCUGCGAGCACUGGUGUUUACGUUUAGUGGCCUGGCCAACUUGCACAAGCCCUCCGCCCAAGGCCGCCGAUCAACAGAGUUUUGGCGAGAGGGAGUCAAGAUUCUUGACAGCUGGGAUAGUUCAACGGCCAACAUUCCCUAUGGCCCCUCCGUCUCGCUGGCGACGGCUGUUCGGCAACGGACCUGGCGGAUCGAGGCGCAUGCCUACCUCAACGUCCUCCUCGGGCUAAUGGCGGCAAGCCGCUGUCAGUGGGAGACGGUCAAGCACCUCUUGUCCAAGCUCCGCACAACCAUCACGCCGGCGACGCAGCCCGCAGUCAAACUGCUCUCUGUCUACCUAACCGGCGUUUAUCAUCAGGGCACCGGGAACCUCCAGGCCGCGCUGCACAUCUUCAUGGACAGAUGCUUCGCUGUCCCCCAGGGGUCCGCCGGCGUCAGGGCAGGCCAGCGCGAGAUCGCCCUACUCGCGGGCCUGAAUCGCCUGUGGAUCAUGCAGCACCCUUCCUGCAGGAGGGAUCAAGAGACUCAGGAUCUGAUAGAACAGCUGCAGCCUCACUGCACAGACCACUGGAACAUCGACCUUCGGACCGCCUGGCACAACGUCGUGGCGGCGCUGGAAACCGAGCCCCCGCAGCAGCUGAACCAGCAGAAGCAGCACAUCCACACCGCCAUGGCCGGGUCCAAAGUCACAAACAACAUCCUGGGCGCCGCCGUCACGCUCUGCAUCAUGCGAAGUCGGUUUUUCGAAAACGUGAUUGGCGAACAGGCGCUCAAGAGCGCGCGGGCGGCAUCCAAGCAGGCCCAGCGCAGCGGCAACAUUCUCUGGCAGAGCGUGGCGGACGGGAUGCUUGCGCAGUCCUACGAGGUACAGGGCCAGCGCGACAAGUCGAGACACGAGUGGGACAAGGCGACCGAGGAGGCGAGAGAUGCAUUUGCGGGGAACUGGUGA